GUUGCACCGGUCAUGCUCCUUUGAGAGAACGAUGGAACGUCAACGGUGAAGAUCUACACUCUAUUCUUGUUGCGUUUAGCCGUGCAAUAGUGUACCUUAAUUGGGAUAUCUAAAAAGACAGUUGAUUUACAGUAAUACAGAAUAAUGUCUCGAGUAGUGAAAGUGUUUCGGACGUUAAGAAAUCACUGGAAAAAAUCCACAUUUGCUGUGUGUGUGCUGUCAUAUGGAGGACACUGGCUAUAUGGAAAGCACUGUGACAAUGUGCUGCGACGAGAAGCAUGUAUAGAGGCCAGGGCAUUUGGUCAUCAAUUAAUUGGACCUCAGGAGCAUCUGAAGAAAGCCAUAGUCAUUCUAAAUCCUGCUGCCUGUAAUGGAAAAGCUAAUAGUUUGUUUGAGAAGAAUGCAGCUCCCAUUUUACACUUAGCUGGUGUGGAGGUCAAAAUUGUGAAGACUGAUUAUGAAGGCCAGGCAAAAAAGCUCAUGGAAUUGAUGGAUCAAACAGAUAUGCUGAUCAUUGCUGGAGGUGAUGGGACAUUACAGGAGGUGAUAACUGGCUUACUGCGCAGAGUUGAUGAGGAGACCUUCAGUAAAAUACCAAUCGGUUUCAUUCCUCUGGGUUCCAGUAACUCUUUGAGUCAGAGUCUACAUCUGGUUUCUGACAACAAAGUACAGCACAUUACCUCUGCAACCCUGUCAAUACUGAAAGGAGAAACUGUUCCACUGGAUGUUCUGCAGAUAAAAAGUGAGAAGGAGCAGCCAGUGUUUGCUCUGUUUGGCUUACGUUGGGGUGCAUUCAGAGACGUCGCUUCUUCUAUCAGCAAAUAUUGGUACCUUGGCCCCUUGAAAACAAGAGCAGCACAUUGGUUUAGUAGCCUUAAGCAGUGGCCACAGUCUCACCAGGCCUCCCUCUCCUAUCUGGCUCCUGUACCUCGUCCACCUGACCUUCCCACUGAAAUACCACCCCGGCCGAACCUCCUCUACCGCAUCUACUGCAGACUCAAGAACUACUGGAACCCUCCUAUAGAAGAGCCACUGAAAGAGCCUGAGCCAGAGCGAUGGGAGAGCAAAGACAUUUCCACAUUGGAGCUCACAGUUAGCACACACAAUAAGAACCCUGUCAAGAGACGUGAGGACGAUUCUAUGGUGAUAACUCUGGACUCAGACUCCCUCACAGUUGGUCAGUUCAUCACUGAGGGAACUAAGAAAGUAUUGAAGCCGAUGGAGUCCAUAGAAGAUGCUUCGCAGAUAGAGGCCAGUGCUGCUAGUCUCAAUCUCCCAGAGGAGGGUGCCGGCUUUUAUGACAUUGACAAUGAGGAAUAUGAGGCAAUGUCUGUGGAAGUGAGACUGUUGCCACGGAAACUGAGGUUCUUUUGCAGUGCAGAGCGCAGAGAGCAGCUUGCACAGGCUCAGUGAUGACAGUUGUGUUAAUAUGUGUAGAGGAGCCUGAGGAACUGCUGAUGAAACUGGAAAACAUACCAGUUACAACAAAAAAAGGUCUCAUAAAGGUCACCAUACUCCAACUGAACAAUCUGUGGUCUAUGGACUUUAAGAAACAGCAGUUAAAUUGUCAUUUUGAUGCUUUUUAACAGCAUGAAUGAUGUUAUUAACUUAAUAC